AUGUCCGCGCCUCAGUCCGUCGCAGACUCUGUUUUGGGUUUGACUCAAGCCGAGUUGAUUUUAUUUCGCCAACAGCAGCAAAUUGCGGCCCAGCGCAGUCAUGCAAGCGGCACGGUCCAGGAUCGUGGCCGUGGCACGAGCAGACAGUCCCAACCAAGUUCGAGAGCCGCCAGCGCCGCCAGCAGCCAAGGUGUCACGGGUCGCAUUAUGCUAGACCCCCACAGCCUGCAAAACCUGUAUAUUCAUCUUGACAAUAUCAUGCGCCAAAUCCAGUCGCGGAUAGUUGCUCUCGAAAAUGCCACGCAACAGUCAGUACACUCAUCGAGCAACCGCGCGGCCAGUACCGUUCAGGAUGCAGAUGCCCAGAUCCGGAGAAUGAGAAACAUUUUGGCGGAAAUUGAUCGUCUCGAAGACGAGUUCGAAAAGAUGAGGAACAUUCGAGAUAAAAUAAAACAGCUCAGAAACAAAGUCGACAGCAUGAGCGAAAGAUUAGACCGAAGUCACUCAAGUGGCCACGGUUCGGGCACACGCCCACGACGUUGA